AUGGCUGGAGCACUCUGGCAGGAGGCGCAUGUGCUCGACGCGGCCGAGAACGGCGUCGUCCUCUGGCUCAUGGACCCAAGCGCCGAGACACCCAAGGUGCAUGGCACGGUCGUCGCCGCCAUCUUUGCGUGGGUCGAGGUCGUUGCCUUUCUCGGCGAGACCUUCCUCGUCAUGGUGCUAGCGAUCGCGUCGCGCUCAACGCUCCUGUACCUCCUCUCGUUCCUCAUGGAGCGCGAUGCAUCGGCGACAACGAUCGUGGAUGCAAUGUACGACGCCGUCUUUGUCCUCGCGUGGCUCUUGCAUCGGUACGCGACCUUCUUCCAUCUCUCGCCACGCGCGCUCUGCGAACGGCUCGGGCUCUUGCGCUGGCGACCGCUGGCGACCUCGACCAAGUGGCUCGUCGUGUACCAUCUCGCUGGGUUUGCGCUUGUGGUCGCGUACCAAUGGCAUACGACCGCUUGGUUUCUCUCGCUGGACAACUACUACGACGCGGUGACGGGCCAGCUCCAGCUCGCGCGCAUUUGUGAGAUUCUACUCUUGUCGCCGAUCAAGGAAGAGAUUGUGUUUCGCGGCCUUGCCUUCCACCUGCUCCUCAACCGGAUCCCGAGCAAUGGCGUCGCGGCCGGGGUCGCCAGCGUCCUCUUUGGCUGCACGCACCUGAUCAACCUCAAACACAGCAGCUUCUCGACGCCAUAUGUGCUGCUGCAGACCUGCCUCGGCAUCGAGAUCGGCUUGUACUACGCAGUGCUCUUUGUGCAGACGCGGCAGAACCUCCGCGAUUCGAUCGUACUGCACAUUGUCAACAACGUCCUAUCGAGCUUCCUCUCGACCCACACGGACUUUAGCGCGCGCCCCAUCUUUGCCGUCUUGUUGCUGCAUGCGAUCGUUGUCUACUUGGGCUUGACGAUCACGUCGAUCCGCGCGAUGCAAGCGCCUCGAAAGGCUGCGUGA